AUGGAAUCUAAAACUUGUUCUACAACCCAGGUUUCUCGCCUGAAAUCAUGCAGGACUACUCUCUGUCUUCCAUACCAGAGUUUUGGGGUUGUCUAUGGAGAUCUAUGCACAUCCCCAAUAUAUGUCUACAAAAGCAUAUUCUCUGGGAGUUUGUUCCCUUACAGAGAAGACCAUGAGAUUUUUGGGGUACUUUCUUUGAUUUUCUGGACUUUGACAAUCAUCCCUCUUCUAAAGUAUGCAGUUUUUGUUUUAGGUGCUGAUGACAAUGGUGAAGGUGGGACCUUUGCCUUGUAUUCAUUGCUUUGUCGACACUCGAGGAUGGGCUUAUUGAAUGCUACCAAUGAAGCAGACAAGCACGAAUCGAUUGAAAAGGCUGAAGAACCUGUUGAGGACACAGGAACUAGUUUACUCAUAAAGCAGUUCUUUGAAAAACAUCAUAGCUCUCAGGUUGUUCUACUCCUUGUUGUUCUCCUUGGAACAAGCAUGGUUAUUGGUGAUGGAAUCCUGAGUCCAACCAUGUCCGUCCUCUCCGCAGUCUCUGGUUUACAGGUUAAGGUUACAGACUUACAUGACAAUUGUAUUCUGUUCUUUGCCUGCACUAUCUUGGUUGGACUUUUUGCUCUUCAGCACUAUGGAAAACACAAUGUUGGGUUUCUCUUUGCUCCAAUAUUGAUAUGUUGGCUUAUAUGCAUUACCGGAGUCGGCAUUUACAACAUAUACCAUUGGAAUCCUUGUGUUCUACAUGCUGUAUCACCAUACUAUAUUUAUAACUUCUUCAAGAAAGCUGGAAAAGAUGGAUGGAGUUCCCAUGGAGGCAUCGUCCUUUGCAUUACAGGUGCAGAAGCUAUGUAUGCUGAUCUUGGUCAUUUCUCUAAGCUUUCUAUCAGGAUAGGAUUUACAGCAGUUGUUUAUCCUUGUUUAGUUCUAGCAUACAUGGGUGAAGCUGCUUAUCUCUCCAAGCACAGGAUGAAUCUUCAAAGCAGUUUCUACAAGGCCAUUCCUGACGCUGUAUUUUGGCCAGUGUUUAUCAUUGCCACUCUUGCAACGGUAGUCGGAAGUCAAGCAAUAAUCUCAGCUACAUUCUCCGUCAUCAAUCAAUGCCGGGCCCUAACUUGCUUCCCACGUGUGAAGAUAAUACACACAUCGAAACAAAUAAAUGGACAAAUAUACAUACCAGAAAUAAACUGGAUCCUGAUGCUGCUAUGUCUUGUUGUUCUUAUCGGCUUCAGAGAUACCAACACGAUUGGUAAUGCAUAUGGUUUGUGCCUUCACUUGCCUUGUCUUCCUCAGCAUCCCCCCUUUGCUUGCGCUCUAAGCCAACAAUAUGCUUCUUCUGUUUUUGGGUUUGCAGAGCUUGCUGCGAUCACAGUCAUGUUUGUUACAACCUGCUUGAUGUUUUUGAUCAUCAUUACGGUUUGGCAUCGAAGUCUUUUCCUUGCAUUAUUGUUUGUACUAACCUUUGGAUCUGUGGAACUGCUUUAUUUUUCGGCAUGCCUUGCUAAAGUACGCAAAGGGGGAUGGCUUCCCCUUCUUGUCUCUGCGGUAAUUUUGUCUCUGAUGUCAAUCUGGCACUACGGGACUUGGAAAAAGCAAUCAGUCGAGUUUGAGAAUAAGGUGUCAUUGGAUAGUUUCAUAGCUCUUGGUCCAGGCCUCGGAAUAACCAGGGUUCCAGGAAUUGGCCUAAUUUACUCCAAUGUCGCCUCAAGUAUCCCACCAAUGUUUGCACAUCUUGUGGCAAGCUUUCCAGCAUUCCAUCAGAUCCUCAUCUUUGUCACCCUGAAUCAUGUUAUGAUUCCCAAAGUUCCAGGUGACAAGUGCUUUCAUGUUUCCUGGAUCGGUCCUCCCGAAUUCCGUUUCUACCGAUGCAUAUUAAGGCUUUUUCUCAGACUUGGACUUCUUUACCACAGGCACCCAUUGACCAACUGGUGGCACAGGUACUUUCACCGUCUUUUUCUUCUGUGUCAGUGUGGUUCAUUCGUUAAUCAUAUCCCAAUCCUUCUAUCAGUUACAAGAUCGAAAAUCAUGCUUGCUUUUAAAUCCAAGUUAGAUGAAAGGAAUCGGGCAAUCGAGAUUAGUCCUGGUGAACCUCGAGAAUUGCAUAAGAGAGGUCUCUUCUUUCACAACGACUUGGAAACUCAACUGAUUGAAAAGGUCUCGGAGUUUCUGAAACACCAGUCCAGUAGUGAAACCUUUUUAGCCGCAGGGCAAGCACCUAUUCCCGUCAAAGAUGUUUGUAAAAUGGGGUAUGAGAUUAAUGCUGGAGAAGGCAAUCGAAGAAGAAAAGCAGCCGGAUCGAAAAUGACUCCAACAAGCAACGAAGUGCAGGAACUAAUGGAAGCAAAGGAAUCAGGGGUGGCAUACGUGAUUGCAAGCACUCGUAUCAAAGCCAAUAACAUAAUCUACGGGUUUCUUAGACGAAAUAGCAGGCCUUCUCCGGUUGCACUCGGGAUUCCUCACGCCUCACUUGUCGAAAUCGGAAUGGUUUACCGAGUUUAAGUAAUUUGUCCAUCGGAAUGCUUAAAGUAUGUGGUAUUUGACAUCAAUUUUAAGUACUUAAUUUUACAUAAAUUUUAAUAUGAUAUUAAAAUGUUCAUGUAUUUAUAUGUUGGGUUGGUAUGAAGUUUUCAUAUUUUAUUUUUUA